UGUUCGGGGAGGAGGAGAAGGAGAAGAAGGAGGAGAGGCAGAACGGAGAGAGAUGCGGGCAGAGUAACACAAUACACCCCGAGGAGGAGGAGGAGGAGGAGGACACGGCACCGCACGCAGCAUGGAGGCUCGUGCCCGGCCCUGAUGCCGCAUCGUGCACAGCACCUCCCGGGUGCAGGCUGGCCAUCCUCGCUGCAGACUCGGCUCGGCUCGGAGGAUCGGAGGAGGAGGAGGAGAUGAGCGGCUGUACGGCGGCGCUCCUCCUCUGUGUGCUGGCCUGGAGCGGGGGGAGAGGAGCGCUCAGCAAGAGCCUGACCCAACACAAUGCAGCACAGGCUCAAGAGGUGACAUUGAAGGUCCAGGUCAGUGAUGUGAGCACACACCAGCCCCUCAGUAAUGCCAUCAUUGAGGUCUUCUCCAAUCAGGUUUCUCUUGCAUCUGGGACCACUGGAGCUGAUGGGACAGUGCUGAUCAAACUGCAGUACAAGCUGGGAAGUCAGUUGAUUGUAACAGCCACCAAACAUGCCUAUGUGCCAAACUCUGCACCCUGGAGGCCACUGCGAUUGCCAGUGUUCUCCUUUCUAAGCCUUGAAUUGCUGCCGGAGCGCUCAGCCACAUUAAUGGUGUAUGAUGAUGUUGUACAGAUAGUCUCAGGAUAUCAAGGGUCACGUCUGCAGCCUCAGGUUCACUUUGCAAGACGUGCUUUGGACCUGACUGGUAAUGCCACCUAUAAGGACCUUGCUGCCUUCCUGACCGCAGCCACCACAUCAUCCGAGGUGGAGAGUUUCCCCUACUUACAGGGAUCAGAUGGGAACUCAUCAGGGAACAGCAGCAAGUUUGAUCUCAUCCCAGUCACAGCCGUCAGCAUCCAUUUACUCAGCAGCAAUAAGACAGACGUGUUGGUACAAGGCCCGAUCUAUGUAACUGUGCCCCUGCCAGCUGACAGCACCCUGAAGCACAAUGCGCACGUGCCUGCCUGGCGGUUUGACCAAAAUCACGGAGCAUGGGUAAAGAGCAGCCUCGGCAUCAUAAGGCAGGAGGGAAAGCAGCUGACCUGGACUUACAUUGCCCCACAGAUGGGGUAUUGGGUUGCUGCCAUGUCUCCUUCACACCCAGAUCCAGUGGUGACACCGGACAUUACAAGUUACCAUACUCUCUUCCUCUUGGCCAUACUAGGAGGGAUUGCAUUCAUCCUUUUGGUCCUGUUCUGUCUGUUGCUGUAUUACUGCAGGAGGAAAUGUUUAAAGCCUCGCCAUCCUCAUCGUAAGCUUCAACAUUCUUCUGCUUUGGACUCCUCCAAGAAGGACCAGGCCACCUCCAUGUCCCACAUCAAUUUGAUUAGCCCUGGCCACAUGGAGAUGAUGUCCUCAAGUGGCGAGGCAGAUAUACAUACCCCAAUGCUCAAGCCUUCCUAUAAUACCUCACGGGAUUUUAGCUCCAGAGAAGAGCUGCUUUCCCAGGACGAGAAAAGCCGAAUGUCGUUCGACAACCUGACUCCAAGUGGGACUUUGAGACAGGUGUACAACAAAUCUCUGGAUCAAUUCCUUUUAAAAUCAAGGAAGUCAGCUGAAAUCUCAGAUGGGUACGUGUCUCCUAUGAACGACGAUUAUCGUCGGAGCUACAACUCGGUUAUCUGCCAGCCUUUGUUUGAAAGUAAAGAUCAGCUGUCCACAACCAAUGUUUCAGCAGGAAGCAAGCCAAACCUUCAGGAACAAAGUCACCCCGUGCCUUCUGCUCCUGAAACAGAGCAGGUCAUGGACCGACGGCCUAAUGAAUGUAUGUCAAGGUCUGUAGAUCACCUUGAAAGGCCAACCUCCUUUCCUCGUCCUGGUCAGCUCAUAUGCUUUAACUCUGUGGAUCAAGUUAACGAUAGCGUUUACCGAAAUGUCUUGCCUACCUUGGUCAUCCCAGCUCACUACAUGAAGCUUCAAGCAGAACACCCUUUUGUCAGCCAGCAGUUGAUUGCUGAACAACAAUAUGAACUUGAGCGGCUCCAAGCGGAGCUGUCCAUAUCUCACAGCCAACAUCCUCAGCCAUCCUCGCAACUAAGUUCCCAGGCCGUAUCUCAACAACACUUACAAGAUGGAGAAGGAGUAGAGUGGAGUGGGCAAAGCACUGUGAUGUCUGAAUCGGUUUCUAUCCCUGGUUCCCUCAAUGAUGCAGCCAUUGCUCAAAUUAACGGUGAGGUACAGCUCUUGACAGAGAAAGCUCUGAUGGAGCUCGGCGGUGGCCGACCAAAGCCCCAUCCCCGUGCCUGGUUUGUGUCUUUAGAUGGUCGAACAAAUGCACACAUUAGACAUUCAUACGUUGAUCUCCAAAGAGCAGGAAAAAAUGGCAGCAACGAUGCCAGUUUAGAUUCUGGUGUUGACAUGAAUGAACCAAAAUCUGGGCGCAAAGGAAGAGCAGAAAAGUUUGCUUUCCUACAGAAACAACACAAAACCCUAAUGGAGCACCAGCAAAAAGACCCGUCGGUGUCGGAGAGCCCAGCCUAUACUCAGCUGGUUUAUUUGGAUGAUAUGGACCAAAGUGGUAGCGAAUAUGGCACAGCUGUAUGCAGCCCUGAAGAUAACAGGUCUUUCAACGAGGCACCGACAAGAAGAAGCGGUGGCCAGUUACCCAGCCUUCAGGAAGAAACUGUUAAACGAACUGAAGAUUCCUCACCUGUGCCAUUAAACAGUCCCGAACACGAGUACUCCAUCAACGAUGAUUGUUCCGAUGACCAGGGAGAGAACAAAAAAAGUCCUUGGCAAAAGCGAGAGGAGCGACCGCUUCUGGCUUUCAAAUGAGUUGACGCACCACAAAGUGGGCUAAAAAAAAAAUUGCCAAAUAUCCUUCCUUUGGAAAUAUUUAAUUUGUAGGGUUGGGGGGUUUGACUAGGAUAUGAGAAUUGAUCGGAGACUGAGUGGUUUAAAAAAUUGUGUUUUUUUUUAAUUCGAUACAAGGAGUGCAUUUUAUGAAACCUUUUACUGAAAAAGCCACAGUCCAGUGUAGCACUAUCUUCUUCUUUUUUUUUUUUUUUUUUUUCACCAGUGGCUAAAGAUUUGAAGAAUAUGGAACUUUUUUAUUUCGCUUGAUGGGUUCUGACCACUAACCUCCCGAGAAUGGGGAGCAUGUGACAAGUUUGUAGUUCUGAAAACCAAUAGUUAUAACAGUGUUCACUGUACCUCAGCAUUGUACAGAGGAAUUGAUAUUCAGUAUCAUAAUGUAGACAUUUUUGAAAAAACAACAAAAGGCUAUGCAUUGAUGCUUAUACACCAACUGACAUUUUUGCUUAGGCGCUGCUUUUUUUAUUUUUUAUGAGGCUGUAAAAAGAAUACUUUUUUGUUUUGCAUUAUAACCUGCUUUUACCUUCUUUACUCUCUUCGUUUUGUAAUGUAUUUCUACAGAAAAAGGCGUGAGUUGAACUUUUUUGGUAUUAAUCUUCUUUUACAUUUUUUUUAUUAUUUUUUUCUUCCUUAACUGACAAAUUUAAACAAAAAAGUGCAUUGUCCGUUUUGUCUACGUAGAAUUUGAUCCCUAUUCUCAAAGUGCCUUUUUAAUAGCUUCCCAAAAGUUUUUAAAGGUUUGUGUACACAGGUAGAAUCAUAUUCUUGACCUCCUGCUAAACUGGAGAAUUUAGUUGGCAUUACUGCAAUCACUGAUGUCUAAAAUUAAAUAGUCUGUUGUAUUGCUUUCUGUAUAACUCCUACAUGGCCCCAGGUUGGCUAGUGCAGGCCUACAUUUUGGCCUACAUUUUGGCCUACAUGUUGGCCCCUUUAAUUGGUGGGGGCAGAACUUGCAUGAAUUUGUCAAUAUGGCGCAAUUGGAUCAGAACUGAAAUGCUUCCUAAUUUUUUUUACAUUUUUAACCCUUUUACGCUGGCAUUUUUGGUAUACAGUUCUGUGCAUUAUAACAUUUGAGAGAUUUUUUUGCCCAUUCAAGGUAAAGUGAAAGUUUCUCUUGAAAACGAUUCCCCCACCCAAUGUUGUUUUCCUUCUCUGCCCACUAUCCUAUUUCAUUUUUAGCGCUGGAACUUUAUGUAUGCUCCGUUUCUGCGCUUACACUGGGUUAACUUCCUCCUCCUAGUGUGACAGUGUCAUAGCCUGGCAAUUGGCCACUCGGGCCUGUGUGCUGCAUAUUAAGAGGGGAGUUGCAUGCUCCUCUGUACCCAGAAGCACUGGGAAUUUAAUGAGGGCUCCAAUGGGAUGGUUGGAAGAGCACAUUAAAGGUUAGUGUCAGUAGGUGGUGGGUUCUUGCCUUAAAAGGACUCUUUAUGACCCCAGAGGUGUCAAAAGCCACCUUGUACUUAGCAGGAGAUAUAAAUUAACAGGAGGCGGAGAAUUUAUAUACUGCUUGUGUGCACAAAGCUGAUUUCAUUCAUUUUAAUCAACUAUUAUUUUCUUUGUGUUUUUUUGCUUUGGUUUUAAUUUCCUCUGCUUUUUUUUUAUUUUUAUGUUUUUGCAUGCCCCAGAAUCCAUCUUGGCUCAGUCCAUCUCAUUUCAGUACAACGUAUGCUUUUCACUACCAUUGUGUACUGUAGAAUUCCAUGUAGCUGAAGAGAACUAGGAGACAUCUAGACCCCCUUAGUGUCACAAGCAUAUUGUUAAUGUAAAUAGUUUUUUUUUUCUGUUACUUUAGAAGCUGAUACCUCUGCCCCUUGUUGACUUGGACUUGGGACGUUGAGGACAAUUAUCUAACAUUCUGAAGUGCUGGAAUGACUUUUCUGUGCAUUCUCUUUAAUGAACUGCUUGGUUAUACAAGAAUUAUAAUUAAAAUAAACCUUUUAAAACUUUU